AUGGAGGAAGAAGUGGCCUUUAAUAAUCAGACUGUUGAGGUGAUCGACCCCGACGUCCGUUCUCACGUCUAUAGUCUGCUUGGAGGUUUCAAUGGCGAAGAUGCAGGUCGAUACAUGCUCGGCGAUGACGCUCUGUCUUGUUUACGGGAUAUCAAGCGAUGGCUAAAACUAUACGAUGAGAAAUUCAACCGAAUGGAUGUUGCGCGCUGCUUGGGGGAAGCGAACCUUGUCAAUGGGGACCUUAUCCAGAUUCUGGCCCUUUGGUGGAGCGAUGGACAGCAGAGCAAAUAUAUGUCAAGGAUUGCGCUGGCAUGUAUCGAAUUGCUAGUACCUUUGACUUGGCCAUUGGAGAUCCAUGGCGAAAUGACAAUCAACCACCAUCGUCACAUACCAUACUUACAGCAAGCCCAGGUGUCCUACAAACGUGGUAUUCUCAACUUCGCGAGCUGCGGACUCCUACGAGCUGCCAUUCGAAUCGGCCUGCCUAGUAUGGCGACCCCUCGGUCAGAACGGACAACUCGGGACGAAGGUAUACUCAAGAUUAUGCUGUACUUGCUGCGGAAUAUUACCGUAAUCUCUGCAAAUGCGCGUCUUGCCACGGAAGGUGAGGAGGAAGAGACCUCUAGGUCCGCGACGGUCAACGCAUUCCAUGAUCAAGAUGUCUUUGCUCUCGUGCUUACCUUGUGUUCAAACGUGAGCGAGGACUUCAACAUGUUGGAUAUUCCGCUUCUUGAAACCCUGUUUCACAUUGUCAAAGGGAUCGACGCCGAGAAACUUUUUAUGAAUGAUGCUCAACGGAACGCCAAGCGGACUGAUGAAUUAAAUGAUCUGCUACAGCAAGAAUCAUCCUUACGAAGGGAGUAUGCAAAGAACGCACCAACACGACAUGGCCGUUUCGGGACGAUGAUCUGGGUUAAGCGAGAUGAUGCCAAGUUGUCAACGGUUUCCGGCCAGGACGUGCUCAAAGAUAGCCAAGCGACUUUAUUCAAGAUGGACCAAACUAAGAAAUGGAACAAACCUAGGCGUGGCCGAAAGCCCCAGGAUUUGACCGUGAACAAUGAUUUCAACACACCGGUCCAUAUCAAUCAGGUUGCCACAAAAAAUCUGCGAAUGUUCGUUGAGGAGUUUUUGGAUUCAGGGUUUAACCCACUCUUCGUACAUGUCCGCAAGGCAAUUGAACGAGAAUCAGUUCGUGUCCUCGAUAUCAAUAAGCGUCACUACUUCUAUACAGUUGCGUGGUUUCUUGGAGCAGAACGCGCUCGCCGUGCCCGGCAACGUGAGAAACACGCACAAAGUGAAAAGCCCGGGAAGGAACUCGAACAAGAUAGUUUUGGGCUAGUUGCUGGGGUGUUCAACCAGGAAACGUUCAUUUUCCUGAACAGAUCGAUGCAGUACAGCCUUGACAAUAAGGAGUGGGAAGAUCUUAACGCCGCCAUGCGGUGUUUCACCCAGAUCUUAUUGACGAUACAAGAAAUGGCACAAUCGCCACUUGAAGAGGAUCAAGAGAUUGCUGAGAACAUCCAGAAUCGGAUUUUUUACGAAGAAACUACCCAUGAUCGCAUACUGGCCGUUAUCCGUGGGUACACAGAUCAAGGAUUUGGGUAUCUUGACGCAUGCACGGAUCUGUCCCAUGUGUUUUUACGGAUGCUGGAACGCUAUUCUAAGGAGAAUGUCGAUAUGCAGGUUAGAUCGCGACGACGAGCGAGAAAGAAAAAGCGUGAUGAACAACCAAGCAAUGAGGACAAUGACGAAGAACAGGCAUCCGAAAAUGAAGACUACGCUGAGGCCGAAAAAAUGUCGAAAGAACGUAAUUUCGACUUCACACGUUUUGCUGCCAAGUUUUGCAACCAGAAAUGUGUCGAUACUUUCGUGGCUUUCACCAAAUUCUACAAGGAAUUGAACACAGAUCAGCUGAAACGCGCCCAUCGUUACUUCUAUCGGAUAGCCUUCAAGCAAGAGAUGACUGUGUUGUUGUUCCGAGUUGACAUUCUUAAUCUUUUUUACCGCAUGAUCAAAGGACCGGGUGGAAUGGAUUCUAAGAAACCCAUUUUCAAUGAGUGGGAGGAGUUGGUGAAACAGCUCGUACGCAAGCUGACAAAAAAAAUCGAACAAAGACCUGCUUUAAUUACCGAGUUAUUGUUCAGUAAAAUCAACUCAACCGCGUUCUAUCUUGAAUAUGGGCACGAAAGGCAGACGAUAACUACAACGAAAAAACCUCCAGCUGAACUAGAGGUUGACCCCAAGGCAGCUUCCACCGUGGAUGAGAAGCUCACUAUUGUGGUAGCUGCGUUAGUCAAAGACGAACAAACUGCAAUAGUCAAAUGGAUCAGCGAGGUUUUAGGGUCAGCAGCCGAUGAAAGGGAAGCAUGGGAACAGCAUGAUCAGAAUGUCGACCUCGCGGCGCCUCAAGAUACUCCGAACCCCAUAAUUGCUAUCAAGCCGCAGGAUGAAUCUUUUAAGAAGGCCAUGUUCCUGAACGCCAAACUCCGACUCCUGAUGACCCUUUUGAAGUUCGAGCGGCUGGGGCAAGAAAAUGUGGAAGGCAUAUCCUGGGUUAUUCCUUCUGGACUCAAAUCAGCCGAAUUGCGGGACUCAAAAGCUGUCAUUGAUAGAACGCUAGUGGUUGGGAAUACAAACGAACGUGAUCCUAACGACUUGCUACGCCGAAAGUAUGGCGGCGAGCCGAGGGGGAACACCGACCAAACAACCCUCGAAGUGAAUUUUGGAUCGGACUCCGAAGGGGAAGAUGUCAUCCUUGAUGGACCACUGUUUCCUCCAAAUCCCCGAACUAAAUCCAAAGUGCUCGAUGAGCUUAAGACGAAAAGAAAACGUAAAAAUAACGGGGAGAAGGAGCCAGUUGAUGAUGAGACAUUGGAGAAACGUCGUCAGGCGCAACUGGAGAAUACUAGGUCCCGUUUAGCGAAGAUCAAGAGUGACCUAUACGUUCAUGCUAGUGACGAGGAAAGCGAUGAAGAGGGGGACCAGGAAUUCUUCCGCCUCGAAGAAGGAAGACGCAAGGAACAGUCCGAGCGGAUCAAGCAAGCAUUGCUCCUUGGGAGAACUGAAGACGACGGAAAUACAUCUAAGAAGAAACGAGGAAAACGCUCAAGUGCAAGCAGCGGACGGGAAGCAGGCGGAAAGCGACGGAGGCAUAGUCCACAAGCUAGUCCUGAGGUGGAGGACGAAGACAUUCUCAUGAGCGCUACGGGCAUGCUGUCGCGGGAGACAUCUAUGACCCCCUCCUUAGAUGGGAUCGAUGACCUUAGCAACAAAGAUAUAUCGAAAAACCCGACGGAAGAUGAGCUCUAUAUCGAUGACGACCUAGCAUUCAGCCGAGACCGAGAGAUAGGAGCCGAAAUGCUUGCUGGUAAGGAGGAUGACAACAAAUCUGGCCCUAAAGAGAACGAAGCUGCAGCGGAAGAGGACGAAGAAGACGCGCCCUUGGCGGCUCCAGGUCGCAGACGCAUGCGGGCUGGUUUUGUCGUCGAGAGCGACUCGGAAUAA